GUAAGUAUAAUAAGGUAAUUGGAUAGGGGGUAGGUAUAGUAAGGUAUUUGGAUGGAGUGUAGGUAUAGUUAGUUAGUUGGCUGGGGUGUAGGUAUAAUAGGGUAAUUGGAAAGGGGGUAGGUAUAGUAAGGUAGGUGGAUGGAGUGUAGGUAUAGUAAGGUAGUUGGCCCGGUGUAGGUAUAGUAAGCUAGUUGGCUGGGGUGUAGGUAUAAUAGCGUAGUUGGAUAGGGGGUAGGUAUAGUAAGGUAGUUGGCUGGGGUGUAGGAAUAAUAAGGUAAUUGGAUAGGGGGUAGGUAUAGUAAGGUAGUUGGAUGGGGUGUAGGUAUAAUAAAGUAGUUGGAUGGGUUGUAGCUAUAAUAAGGUCGUUAGUUGGGUGUAGGUAUAGUAAGACAAGAUGUGUUAGUGCCGUUACAGACAUCAUCAUAAAAUUGGUCAUUUUACAGAAGGGUUGGCAAAUCAUUUCUUUUUUUCUCCAGAUGAGUCUGAUCUGGACAUUAACCCUGUGUUUCCUUGCUGCUGUACAAGGGGCACAGGUUUGCUAUGACCGAAUCGGGUGCUUCGCUGAUACCAGUCCAUACGCGGGCACUGUACAAAGGCCAAUCACUAAAUUACCAUGGGCUCCAGAGAAGAUUAAUGUGCAGUUCAUGCUUUACACCCGGUCCAACCAGAACACCUACCAGACCAUCAGUGCCAUAACCCCCUCUACCAUCUCAUCGUCAAACUUCCGCACCAGCAGGAAAACCCGAUUUGUUAUCCAUGGAUUUAUUAGCAGCGGGACAAACUCCUGGGUCACUAAUAUGUGCAAGAAACUGUUGGCAACCGAGGACGUGAACUGCAUUGCCGUCGACUGGAGCGGUGGUUCCCGUACCCUGUACUCUCAAGCCUCCAAUAACGUGCGGGUCGUGGGCGCAGAAGUGGCUUAUUUUGUAAAGAUCCUUCAGAGUAACUUUGCCUAUUCCCCGGCCAAUGUGCAUCUGAUCGGACACAGUCUGGGAGCUCAUGCGGCUGGAGAGGCAGGGAAGAGACAGAGAGGCAUCGCAAGAAUCUCUGGCCUGGACCCAGCCGAGCCUUACUUCCAGAACACUCCUGCAGAAGUCAGACUGGAUACAACAGAUGCGACUCUGGUUGAUGUUAUUCACACCGAUGCUGGUCCUUUGGUUCCGAGUCUUGGGUUUGGGAUGAGCCAAGUGAUUGGCCACCUGGACUUCUUCCCCAAUGGAGGAGUUCACAUGCCGGGAUGCCCCCAGAAUAUUGAGAUCCCAAAUGUCAACGUGGAAGAUAUCUGGAACGGAGUUGUUAAUUUUAUUACGUGUAACCAUGAGCAUGCGGUCAAGUACUACACCGACAGUAUCGGCAACACCAGCACAUUCGUCAGCUACCCCUGCACUAACUGGGACACCUAUCAGGCGGCUCGCUGCAAAACCUGUCCCAGUGCCGGAUGCCCAAAGAUGGGUCAUUAUGCAGACACAUACCGUGGCGUCACCUCUUCCAGCCAAGUCUUUUAUCUCACCACCCCUUAAUCCAACAUGGCACCUCCAACAGCCAGUC